GCCCCUAAAACCUCCACGCCCGCCCGCCCGCCAGUCCAUCGCAAGAAGAGUAACAGCUGCACAAUGGCGAACAUCAAGGCACCAGGCGCACCUGCACCGGGAACUUUCCUCUUUACCAGUGAGUCUGUGAACGAAGGACACCCAGACAAGAUCUGCGACCAGGUCAGCGAUGCCGUGCUCGAUGCGUGCCUCAAGGACGACGAGAGGUCUCGCGUGGCCUGCGAGACCUGCACGAAGACCGGCAUGGUCAUGAUCUUCGGCGAGAUCACCACCAACUCCAACGUCAACUACGAGCAGGUCAUCCGCGACGCCCUGAAGGACAUCGGGUACGACGACACGGCCAAGGGGCUCGACUACAAGACGUGCAACGUGGUGGUGGCGGUCGAGGAGCAGUCGCCCGACAUCGCGCAGUCCGUGGACGCGACGCGCAUCGAGGACAUCGGGGCCGGGGACCAGGGCAUCAUGUUCGGCUACGCCACGGACGAGACGGAUAGCCUCAUGCCCCUGUCGCACGAGCUCUCCACGCAGAUCGGCGCACGGCUUACGGAGGUCCGCAAGAAGGGGAUCUGCGAGUGGUGCCGACCCGAUGGCAAGACCCAGGUGACCGUGGCGUACAAGGAGGAGAACGGCCGCAUGGUGCCCCAGCGAGUGCACACCGUGGUCAUCUCCACGCAGCACGACGACGAUGUCUCCAACGAGAAGAUCCGCGCGGACCUCCAGGAGCACGUGAUCAAGCAUGUCGUGCCGGCCAAGUACCUCGACGACGACACCAUCUACCACCUCAACCCCUCCGGCCGCUUCGUCAUCGGUGGACCGCACGGGGACGCCGGGCUCACCGGCCGCAAGAUCAUCAUCGACACCUACGGCGGGUGGGGCGCGCACGGCGGUGGGGCGUUCUCCGGGAAGGACCCGACCAAGGUGGACCGGUCGGCGGCCUACGCUGCUCGGUGGGUGGCCAAGUCCCUCGUACACGCCGGCCUCUGCCACCGCGUGUUGGUGCAGCUGUCCUACGCGAUCGGCGUCCCCUACCCUCUUUCCAUCCACGUGGACUCGUACGGCACCGCCAAGACCCGCUCCGGCAAGACCGACGAGGAGCUCGUGGAGAUCAUCAACAACAACUUCGACCUGCGGCCCGGCUGCCUGCUGCGCGACCUGCAGUUGCGAAAGCCCAUCUUCCGCAAGACGGCUGCCUACGGCCACUUCGGGCGCAGCGACCCGGAGUUCACCUGGGAAACUCCCAAGGACCUUACCCUCUAAGCUUUUGCUUUCGUUAAUUUUGUCAGCAUUCCAAGACUCCGUUGGUGAAGGUUGAGGGGGGCGGUUAUGUUUCUAUGUGGGCUUCUCGAUUCGGCGCGUUGUCGCAAAGCUUGAAAUAAGCGAAGCAGUAAUUAGAGUUUGGGCGUCUGACGGUCGCGGGGUGUUCGGGUGAUACCGGGUAAGGUUGUUGCCGGUUGAUGCACAGAUCAUGCGCAUUCUCACGUAGUGCAGGCCAAUACGAGGGACACGUAACCGCGGCUACGGCCAUGCAUGCUCUCUGUAUCGCCACGUUCAUACGUACACGAUUCGUUUUUCUUCAAGGAGAUGGUAUUGUUUGUUUGCUUGUUGGUUUGGCGGAUGGCAAGCGUUCCCCACCUAUCACUGCCCGCGUUUUUGUACGGGGGACGGGUGAAAGGCUCGGAACGCUCCCAUCCUUUUUGAGCCUGCCAGUUUGUGCACGUGGCCAAGCCACAUUGGUUAAUGUGGUACGUCGGAGACCCGGCACGUGCUCUUACUGCAAGGUUCGCCAGCAGAAACGGGGAUGAAAAUCCUGGAGUGUCGAUUGUUGCACAUUUCAGUACUUUGGGCCCUCAAAAUUUUCCUUCUCGGUUCUGUCUCUUGGGAUUAUUAAUGGUUGUUGUUCGGUUCCGCCUUACGCUUGCACGCGUGCAACGUCUAGUUCCUACGGUACGAUCGAUAAGAGUCAAGAACAAGGGCGAUCGUUUUCGGAAGACAGCAAGAGUUUUUGAAGUUUAGGACGAGGCAGCCGGCCCGUACCCAAAGGUUGACUGCGAAGCGUCCCGUCAGAUGUGUUCUCACUAUUUGCCUGCCCUUGUUCGGCAAUCGUUUUGUUUUCAUCACUGACCGAACGAUUGCGUCGCCCGUUGCGAACAACGUUAUUGCCCUGUUUUGACCCUUGUGCCAAGUACCGAGCGGUAUCAACACUUGAAUAU